AUGGCUCCCCCCGUCGACGUGCUAAUUAUCGGUGGCGGCCCUGCCGGACUAACGGCGGCCUUGACCCUCGUUCGCCAGGACCACUCAGCCAUUCUUUUUGAUUCAGGCAGCUACCGCAACGGCGAUGCUGAGUACAUGCACAUGAUUCCCACCUGGGACCACCGCAACCCGGCUGAAUUCCGAGCAAAAGCGAGAUCCGAGAUCCUGAGCCACAGCGCGAAUAUUAACAUCGUGGACGUCCACCUCACCGCGGCUCGCAAGAUCAAUGACUCCUUGUUUGAAGUCGCCGACGAAGCCGGCAAGACCUGGCAGGGGAGAAAGGUCAUUCUUGCUACUGGCUCGGAGGACAUUUUCCCUGAUAUUCCGGGUUAUGCGGAGUCAUGGGUGAAGCGCAUUUACCACUGUCUCUACUGCGAAGGAUACGAAGACCGCGGAGCCACCAGCUCCGGCGUGCUCGCUAUCCAAACGGCCUCAAUCGCGCCCAUGGCUAUUCAUCUUGCCGAGAACGCCGCGCACCUAAGCGCCAGCGUGACGAUCUACACACAUGGCUCAGAAGAACUCAGCGCCCAGAUCCAGACACUUCUAGGCCCCCAACCCGACGGUCAGAAGAUCUUCAAAGUGGACUCCCGGCCCAUCUCGCGCCUCAGCGUCGUCGAGACAGAUGGAAAGCCCACCGGCAUCGAACUUACGUUCGCGGACGGCACAACCGCCCUCGAGACCUUCCUCGUGCAUGAUCCAUUUACCCGAACCAAGGGCCCCUUCGCCGAACAGCUUGGCGUGGAGACAAUGUCAAGCCUGUUCCCCGGGUCCGACAAUGGCGAGGUUGUGGCUAACUUCCCGAUGUAUCAGACUAGUGUGCAUGGGGUCUUUGCGGCGGGAGACUGCGUCACGCAGUACAAGGUUGUUGCAGGGGCGAUUUCAAGUGGAUGUAAUGCUGCGGUUGCGGCAUCGACGCAGUUGUUGGCGGAAAGAUAUGGACAUCAGUCGCUGGUUUGA